CGGGGGGCCAAAUGGCGGCAAAAAAAGGACACAUUCUUGAUCUUUAAAUUAACAACCAUGGGGUCGGAGCGGAGCGGAGACUGGUCUGCGCAGGUCCAGGACCAAUUCAUGAGUUGUUGUCUGCGCUAGCUAGCUGCCCUGUCUCUUCGCUCCCGCGAGAAGCCAAGAAACAGGGGAGCGCCGCCCGCGGCGCAGCAGCAGCAGCUUCAUCCAUGGCGACGGGGGAGGGGGCGGAUGGGACUGGCAGGAGAGGGGUCCCUUCCUUGCUCCAGGACGGCGGGACCGGGCAGGACGAGCACAUCGCGUCCGACGUCACCCAGCUGAUAGGGUGGACGCCGCUGAUCGAGCUGAGGCGGAUCGCCGGGAAGGAGGGGGUGGGUGCGCGCAUCGUCGGCAAGAUCGAGGCCUAUCAGCCCCUCUGCUCCGUCAAGGACCGCAGCGCUCUCAGGAUGAUCGAGGAUGCUGAAGAGAAAGGGCUGAUUUCACCAGGUGUCACGACUCUAGUCGAGCCGACCAGCGGUAAUUUGGGCCUGGGAUUGGUUCUGAUUGCCCUAAGCAAAGGCUACAGGUUCGUCGCGGUGAUGCCGGGCCAAUACUCGCUUGAUAAGCAGAUCUUGUUGAGAUACAUGGGUGCUGAGUUGUUCAUAACUGAUCCAACACUUGGGUUCCCAGGAAUAACCGACAAGGUCGAACAGCUCAAGAAAGAAUUACCGAAUGUAUACGUUCUUGAUCAGUUCUCAAAUCCAGCAAAUCCUGAUGCACACAUCAGAAUGACUGGACCUGAGAUUUGGAAGGAUACUGCUGGCAAGGUGGACAUAUUUGUUGCUGGUUCAGGCUCAGGAGGCACGGUAUCUGGUGUCGGAAAGUAUCUGAAGAUGCAAAACCCAAAUGUGAAGAUCAUUUGUGUGGAACCUACAGAGAGUUCAGUUAUUUCAGGUGGGGAACCAGGAAAACAUAAAAUCCAGGGAAUAGGACCAGGAUUCUUACCUGAGAUCUUGGACACCUCGGUCAUUGAUGAAACGGUCACCGUGACCACCGAGGACGCAAUGGUGAAUGCGAGGAGGUUGGCAAUGGAAGAAGGCCUGCUUGUGGGCAUAUCUUCUGGGGCAAACCUGGCAGCUUGCUUGAAGGUUGCAGCGAGAGAAGAGAACAAGGGGAAGAUGAUUGUGACCAUGUUCCCGAGCGGGGGCGAGAGAUACAUGAACUCGGACCUCUUUGCAGCUGUAAGAGAAGAGUGUAUUGCCAUGACCUUUUGAUCUCACAUCUUAUAAACUCGAAAGAGUUGUAUGUGAAGGGUAUAUGUAGUCGGUUACCUUAAUGUGUUGCAGUGGACAACAUUCCUACGGAGUUUACCUUCAAGGCUGCAAGGGAUCAUGAAUUGUUAUUAGUCACUGAAUGAAUGCCCAGGAAUGUGUUACUAGAUAAUCA